AGAGAGAGAGAGAACAGUAGAUACAAUGUAAUCGUAAAUGUGAAGACCCAUAGUAGGUGAGAGCUUGUGAUAGACACCCUUGUUUUCUUUUCCUUCUCCACGCCAUAUGUUUAAAUUCCAAACUUCUUCUGCAUAUUUUGCAAGAAAGAAAGUUUCCAUCAUAAACUCUUUCACCAACCUUAUCCUACUACUUCUUCUUCUACUACUACUCGUAUAGUUAGUAGUAGAUCCCAACACAACUUUCCCUAAGAAAAUGGUGAAAAACACUGCAAAUCUCAUAUAAGAUCUGUUGUUGAUCUUUGUCGUACAAUUGCAGAAGACAGUACAAAGGCUUUUCUUUCCUUUUCUUUCCAUUUUCUUCAUCUCUCUAUCUGGUUUUUAGUUAAGAGUUUUAUUUAUUAUUCUGAGCACGUCGAAUGGUUGAAGUAAUAAGAGGAUAAUAGUAGUUAGAGAAAGAAAGAGAUAGAGAGAGAAGAAAAGAGGAGGUAGAUAGAUAGAGAGAUGGAAGGACGAGAGGUGAAGGAUGAAACACUGCCGCCAGGGUUUCGGUUUCAUCCAACAGACGAAGAACUCAUCACUUAUUAUCUUAUAAAUAAGAUCUCAGAUGCUAAUUUUACAGGAAGAGCCAUCGGAGACGUUGACCUAAACAAGUGUGAGCCAUGGGAUCUUCCAGGAAAGGCAAAGAUGGGAGAAAAGGAAUGGUAUUUCUUCAGUCUUCGAGAUCGGAAAUACCCAACUGGGGUGAGAACAAACCGAGCUACAAACACUGGAUACUGGAAGACCACAGGAAAAGAUAAGGAGAUCUUCAAUAGUAACACCUCCGAGUUAGUUGGAAUGAAGAAAACAUUGGUAUUCUACAGAGGAAGAGCUCCUAGAGGAGAGAAAACCAACUGGGUUAUGCAUGAAUAUCGUAUUCAUUCUAAAUCAGCUUUUAGAACUACCAAGCAGGAUGAAUGGGUGGUUUGUCGAGUCUUCCAGAAAAGUGGUGGUGGGAAAAAAUACCCUUCCAACUCCAACUCCAUCUCCAACUCCAACCACAACAACCACUCAUCAAGAGCAGCAGCACUAAUGAAUCCCUACAAUCUGGAAAUAGGUCCAACAGGUGUUGUCAUGCCUCAACAAAUGAUGCAUGCCGCCGAGGCUUGUCAGUUCCCCAUGGGAAGAAACUAUAUGAGCAAUGCUGCAGAACUCGAGAUUUCUAGGGUUUUAAGAGCUGCUGCUGCUGCUGCUGCUGGCGGUGGCGGCGGCUCAAACACUCAUCAUCUCAACUUUCCUAUCCAAUCCCAAAUAUUGAACUACCCUCCAGGAGGUGGCGGUGGCAGCGGUGGCGGUAGCUUUACGAUUUCUGGUCUUAAUUUAAACCUCGGAGCAACCACCACCUCAGCACAACCCAUGAUUUUGCGGUCAGUGAUGCCACCUCAAACAACUAUGAUGAAUCAACAACAAGAUCAUCAUGUGAAUUCUUCGACUUCCAUGUUGACAAAUGAGGGGGCUGUGGCUGUCUAUGGCGGGGAGGUCAAUAACCCAAAUGGGUCGGUGAGCAACAGAUUCAUGACCAUGGACCAUUGUGUGGAUCUUGAUAACUAUUGGCCUCCCUAUUAAGGGGAUCAAAUCAAAGAGAGUGAGAAAAACAAAACUAAGUCGUGUCAAGUCUACUCUUUAAAAUGUAUUAUGACUUAUGUAGUAGGUGAGUUGAUUUAGGUAUAGAAAUGCUUCUGUUUUAAUUUCUCUUCAUGUUCCUAUCCUAGUUAUGACUUAUGAGAAGUGAACUCACCACAUUCAAUAAGGAAUGGGAAGGUGAGAGCUUUUUAUCUUUUGUUUUUGUGUCUUCUUUCCUUUCCCUAUUUUUAUUAUUAUUUUUUUUUUCCCUCUCCCCCUACCCUAGUAGUGAACAACUAGUAAAACAAUAUGAAGUUAUAAUUUUGCUAGA